AUGGAAGGGCCUCUAAAGCUUCGAGAGCGGCAGAACAUGGCUCAGAGCUUUCACGAAGAGACUUUGUCAACCUUACAUACGCGUGGCCAGGACCUCUAUCGCCAGAAACAAUAUGAGGCCGCCCUUCAGUGCUUCACCAAGGCAAUCGGCCAGGGUUCAAAGGCUCCUGUUGCUGUUUUUGACAACCGAGCUGCUACCUAUACAAAGCUUGGCGACCUUCGAGCUGCUCUGAACGAUGGCAGGCAGAUGAUUCAGCAAGAGAAGGGCAAUUGCGCGGGUUAUCUUCGUACUGGCAAGAUUCUGCAGCUGCUGGGCAAUCACAAGACGGCUCUGGACCUCUACGAAAUGGGCAUUCGUAAAGUGUCUUCUGGGGAUCCUAAUAUCAUGCUGCUACGAGGACAGCAUGAGAAGCUCGCACGACAACUCGCUCCGCCAAGGGCUAUCGACCCUUUGCAGAUGCUACCCUUAGAACUCGUUGAGAUGACGAUCAAAUAUCUUGAGUUCAGGCAUAUAGUGGGCUUACUGAGAGUCUCCAAAACGUGGCUACAACUACUCAUCUCGAUGCCUAGCUUGUGGAGCGAUUUAGAUUUUUCCGCCGCCAAAAGGCCUGUCACUCUGGGAGCUGUUCGGAAAUACAUCAAGCGAGGCAAUGGAACCACUACUCGAGUGAUCCUUGAUAGGUUUGGAUCCAACGCGGAGAAGAUUCCACGCUACGUCGCAACGCGUUGCAGAGGGUUGAAUGAUUUGAGAAUACCAGGAGGCUUGAUCGGCGCGACUAUUCUUGAAGCUGCUCCCUGCGCAUCCAAUCUCAAGACUCUUAUCAUCUCCAAGGCCUGUCAGAUAUCCUGUGAUGCGGUCGGCCAGCUUCUUAGCCAAUGCCCGAGCCUUGAGCGUGCGGAAUUCGAAAGCGUCACCGCACAAAAUCGUACAUUAAUAUGGGAGGUCGACAUGCCCAAACUUCGUGCGCUGACUUUGGACACUUCGAAAGCAGUCAGAGGACGAGGAGACCCCAUGCUUGUUUUGCAUACGCUUCUAACCAAAAUACCUGAUAUCCGUACAUUGAGUAUCCAAGGUUGGGUUGUCCUACCCUCUGUUUUAAGUAUAGAUUUUUCGAACCUUUCUCAACUUCAACACCUGAAUAUAUCUCGUCUGACUGGUAUACUGCCUCCACUGUUGCCGUCGACUAUACGUACGAUCGCAAUGGCAAAUUGCCACAAUAUUCCUCACAUUCAACGAGUCAGCUUCGCGGACUAUGAAUUAGCCCAGAUGGUUCGCCUGUCGCUGGCAGGAUGGUCUGGGUUAUCGUUGGGUGAUCUCCAAGCAUGCUUAUUACCGAGCAAGGGGAAAGUGACGCAUCUGGAUAUUGGGGGCUGCAUCACUCUUUCGAGUGCUAACCUGAAAGAGCUCAUCACCCUUGGUUAUUUCGAGGGAGUUGAGAACUUGAUUCUCAAAUCAAGCAACAUAGAUGAUGCGAUAGCAAUCCUCAUAGCAAGGAGCCUUCCUCGCCUCAAAAAUCUCGACAUUGCAUGCACAAAUGUCACCGGUGUUGGGGUUAAGGCUUUGGUUAUUGGACUUGAGGGUAAGCUGGAGCAUUUGUGUCUUGACGGAUGCCAUUCUACGAGUAUCGAUGCUGUAGAGCUCGCAAGAGCAAUGGGUGUCAAGGUCGCAUUCGGCUUCCCGGAUCCCUUGAGCGGAGGUAGGAGGAUCAAGCAGCGCUGA